UUUCAAAGUUUGCUUCUUUCCCCUUCCUCUUCCUUUUCUUCUUCUUCUUCUUCUUCUCCUUCUUCUUCCCUUCUCCUCUUGAGUCACCUCUGCAUCUCUCUCUCUCUCUCUCUCUCUCUCCCUCCCUCCGUCGAUAUCUCACCCGUAAACGAUAACCUCGUCAACGACCGGUUCUAGGGUUUCACUUGUACUCGGAGACUCCUCCCUUGUCUCCUUCUCGUCGAAACUCUUGUCUCCCGCUCUCUCUCUCUCUGCGUGUGUUCCUUGCUCUGAGUUGCUCACCUGAAAUUCUGAGAAUCCAGCUCUGGGGUUUUUCUCUUUCAAGCUCCAUUUUUGUCAUGUACUGUUCCCUUUUCAGCUCUGCAUUGGUUCAGCCAAGAUUCAGCAGUACACUGCUCCGCCGGACUUGAAGCGCGAAGAGCAAAAGUUAGAUUUUUUUCUCGAAGAAAGGGAUUCCCUUUCUACGUGAUUGCUUUGGUUGUGGGUUUUUGUUUGGUCUGCUUUCCUUGGUCGGUUUUUAUUAAGAAUAUGAGCUGGUUCUCUGCAAAUAGAGCUUCCUCCUAGGUUCUCUUUUCAUUUCCUUUCCUGUACGCGAGAUAGAGGGGUUGAGAUGAAUAGCGUGUUCAGUGAACAAAUUCUUGCGGACAAGCUCUCCAAGCUCAACAGCACCCAACAAUGCAUUGAAACUUUAUCACACUUGUGUAUAUUCCACCAAAGCAAGGCUAAGCUGGUUGUAGCUACAUGGGAGAAGCAAUUCCACAAGUCGGAGAUGACCCAGAAAGUUCCACUUUUAUAUCUGGCAAAUGACAUUCUCCAGAACAGCAAGCGUAAAGGGAACGAAUUCGUGAUGGAGUUUUGGAAGGUUCUUCCUGCUGCUCUCAAAGACGUCACUCAGAAAGGUGAUGAUCGUGGAAAGAAUGUUGUAUCUAGACUGGUUGAUAUAUGGGAAGAGCGAAGAGUAUUCGGAUCUCAUGCCAAGAGCUUUAGAGAUUUAAUGCUCGGAGAAGAGGCGCCUCCACCAUUGGAGUUAAACAAGAAGCGUUCCCGUUCUGUCAGAAUAGUUAAAAGGGAUUCACGUUCCAUUCGGACGAAAUUGUCCAUUGGUAGCACGCCUGAGAAGGUAGUCUCAGCCUUUCACUUGGUCCUCAGCGAGCACCCUAAUGAAGAUUUGGAUAUGAAUAACUGCAAGACUGCUGUUCAACAUGUAAGAAAGAUGGAGAAUGAUUUUGAGAUUGCCUGCUCAACUGCCAAGGACCCGAAGCGAAAACCUUUGGCAAAAGAGCUGGAGGAUGAAGAGAAUACUUUGAAACAGUGUAUCGAGAAGCUCAAAUCAGUCGAAGCUGCUAGAGCAGCAUUGGUAUCUCAGUUGAAAGAAGCUCUCCAUGAACAGGAGUCACAGCUCGAGAAUCUGCGGACUCAGAUGCAGGUUGCACAGGCACAGACUGAAGAAGCAGAGUAUAUGAGAAAACGACUCAAUGAUGAGGAUUAUGUUCUAAAUCCAUCCAUUUCGAACUCCCAAAGCAAUGAAGUGAAUGCCCAAAUCCCAAAGAGAAGCACUGCUUCCAUUGCAGCUGAGGUAGCAGACAAGCUUACUGCUUCAACCUCUUCCCAACUUAUCAUGACAUCCAUCCUCUCGAGCAUGGCAGCUGAAGAAGCAAAGAAUGCGGGCCUAUCAAGAAGCUCGAACUCGUUUCCUGAUCCAGGGCCAAAGCCUGAUAACCAGCCUGUGUCAGCCCCAGCCCAGUUCGUGGCUACUCCAUCAACGCACCAGUCGUACCAGUCAGUUGUCGGACCCCCACAGCAAACCCUGCAGACUCGGCAGGCCCAAGCCUUAGCCUCUCAGCCUCAGUAUCACCACGUUAUCCCAACCCAGCCUGGGCCUGCGCCUCAAUAUAUGCAGCUGCCAGGAGGAGGGAUGGCUGGUCCAUAUGGGUUUGGGAACUUCCCCACCAUGUCAGCCCCUCAUGCCCUGCCAUCACCCCACGUACACGGCUCAGUGGUGCCUCUGGCUCGGACGGCCCCUUCUCUGACUCAGCAGCAACCAGCAGUACCUCUCACCCAGCAACCGCCAAUCCCCCUGAGCUUCCGGCCACUUCCGCCAUCUGGGCCCGGUGGACUGUACUAUAGUGCCUCGAACCCUUCUCAAUGAAUGUACUCUUUCCCUUGUAAUUGAGAUGGAAAUUUUCGAUUUUGGUUGAUGCGAAUGGCUCGACAAAACCAGAUGGAUGAAUAAAUACAUACGUGUCGAGCUGUUCCGAAGUGCAGACCUAGUUAAUCCAACCGAACAGAAAAGUUGCUCUC